CUGUGGAUCCCACCGAGCGCCAUCGGCCUGUGGCUGAUGUUGCGCUUCUCGACAACAAACUCGCAACAAAUCGCUGUCACUGUAUAUGGGUGUUCCAUACUUUUGUUGUUUAUGCUCUCGACGGCUUUCCAUACCGUUGCUUAUUGCGGCAAACUUAGGCAGCUAAAAAGUUUUUUCCAUAUCGGCGAUCGAGUGGCUAUUUAUAUUUUCAUCGCUGCGUCAUAUACACCUUGGCUAGCGUUAAAAGAGUUUCAUAGAUACGGCACGCAGACUCUGUGGUUCGUCUGGUUCGGAGCCAUACUUGGUGUGUACUACCAAUACAAGUAUCAUGAAAAAUGCAAAUGGUUGGAAACGUUGUUGUACAUAUUCAUCGCGACCAUUCCAUCGAUAAUCAUUAUCGAGAUGGUGAAGCCAUCCGGUGUAAAAGAGUUAACCGCAGGGGGUAUGGCGUAUUUCCUUGGGGUAUUUUUCUUCAAGAGUGACGGCAUCAUACCAUUUGCACACGCAAUCUGGCACACCCUGGUUAUCAUAGGGGUAUCUAUACAUUACGUGGCUGUCUGUAAAUACCUGCUAGGAUGA